CUUGCACUGGUAAACCCUGUGUAGAAAAAUCAAAAAUAAUAUGAGUAUCUUGGCAACCAAAUAAACAAAAUCAGUAAAGGAAUCUUUUUCCUUAAGUACUCUUCAAAAUGCGAAGAAAAGUCUACCGUGAAUAUGAAAAUUUUGUGCGACCCAAGACCCAUGUGGAACCAGAACCUCCCAAGCCAAUCAACUUAUCCAUUGAGGACUUUAAUGCGCGCGGUGAAAUCGCCAAUCCGCGUGCUCCCUGCGUGGUGACCACCAUCGAUCCCGAUUAUAUUAAAGAUGCCAGCCUCCAGAGAUUGGCCAGAAAGUUUCGCAUGAAAACAGACAUCCUCCUGCUUCGAGACAUCACUCGCAACCGCUUCAUGUACUAUGCCACCCAGGAACUAUUCCUUGACAGAAAACGGGAAAAGGAACAGCAGGACCAGCUGUAUGAGAAGGCGGAGGAGUUCCACAAGUUCGCCGAGGACUCAUUGAAGAAAAUGGAAGCGGAGGAGUUUAAGAAAAUGCUGGAGGCCCAGGAGAAGCUGAAGAAACUCAAGGAGAGCAAGUUGGCCGAGGAGCUGAACGAGGUGAAGCUGGAGCAUCAGCGUGUCCUGAUGGAGGUGCAGGAAGUCUACGGCCGCUUCCAGUAUUUGCUCAAGCUGAUCAGCUACUUUGACGACACGGUGGAGGAGGAUCAGACGGAUGGGAGCGAGGGGGCAGACCACCUGGUCAUGCCAAAGGAAAUAGUGGCCAUGGUGAUAACUGAGAGAAAUCCAGCUGGGAUGGAGCAGGUGCGUCAAGUGCAGGAGUACAUGGAGAAGGUGGUGCGGCCCUAUCUGGCCAAGCGAAACCACCUCAACGCCGACAUCUGGAUUCGGGGCUACGAGCGCAAUCGCCUGAAGGUUUCCAACUACAACAGGCGCUUCACGCAGCUGGCUAUCCUGAACCACAUCGUGGACAUACUCCACAACAAGACCCAGAAGACCUAUGACCGCCAGGUGACGGCCAAUGUGUUUCUCAAGGACCCGGAGUUCCUGCGACGACGUGUGGCUGCCCUUCAAGAUCGGGCCAAGGGACUACUGGAUGACUUUGAGAACAAAUACUGCAAGGACAAACUAAACAUAAAGCUCAACAGCAUUGUUCCAGUGAUCCUCAAGCACAUUCAAAACAAGGUCCAGCCGGAGCAGCAAAGGAAGGAAGCGGAACAACCGCCCAAACCACCGAAGCAGCCAACCAAGAAGUCCUCAAAGCAAUGGCGCACGCUAGAUGAUGUCCAGGGUACACCGCCGCCACCAAAAGGUGUCUACGAAGAUGAGCAGGACACUACUCUGGCCAAAGUGGAGAAGAUUCAAGCUAAUGUUCUGGAGCUCCUGGCUAAGCUAGACCGUGUUGAACCCAACGAGCUGCGCAGAGUGGAGGCUCAGGUUCGUCGCCGCAUGGCAGCGGACAAGGAACUGUCCCGCCGUGCUCUGGUCAAGCAGAAUCGUCUGAACAACUGGAUGGAGCACUUCAAGAAGCACCAUCGCUUGCAGGUGGAACAGCGACGUAAAAACAAAGUUUAAGUCUUAAUUAAUAAAGUUAAAAGUUAAAACACA